UGGCCACGAGUCGCGCCAUCCACGUCGAACCGAAAGCAUCGCGGCCACGGCCAAACGUGAGAAGUGACUAAGCCGCGAAUCGGAAGCGAAUCAAAAAAGCGUAUAAAAAGCCAACAUUAGGCGAGCAUCAAGCAUACGGCGCGUGGAAUUGAAAGAACGGAGCAAAAAAAGGAGUUUACUCGUUAGUGGAAUUGUUUGCCUUUUGGCCAGUUUACGAGCGGCUCAGCAUAAAUUGCUGCUCUUUUGGGGCCCGCAAUGAGGCAAUGAGCCGACCCACACCAUCACCAGCACCAGCACCAGCACCAGCACCAACAGAAGCACUAGCACAAACGGAGGGAAAAGAGAAGACGGAGUCAUGCCAUCUGGUGCCUGCUUCUGGAGUCUCGAGCUUUGGCCUCUUCUGUCGCAGAUAGAGCGAUAGAGAUAGAGAGAGGGAGAGGGAGAGGGAGAGGGAGGAAGAAACAGAGAACGAGAGAGACAGCUAGAAAUGUUGCGCGAUAUCUUUCUGUAUCUAGUUCUAAUCGUUUUAUUUUGCUUCAUUUUCAUGGCGCAGUUAAUCGUCAACGUUUACGCGUUCCAGCGCCAGCCGACGCCCGCCCAGAAGUCGGACAAGAAUGAGAUUAUAUUUGUCUAGGAACGAUACCGACACGGGGGGUGGAGGGGGAAUGCUGGCACUAAGGCCAGCAAAAGUCAAGCGGCCACCGCGGUUUCUAUUUAAUAAGAAAAGGCUGCGGGUCGACGGGGUGAGGGAAAGUUUCACUUAAGCAUGAGCAGGGGAGCUGCCGGGGGAGGCACUGACUGCCUCGGGUGUCGUCUAGGGGUUUAGAUGAUAAACCCUUGAAGAACUGUUAAACUAGGUUGCUCGCUAAUUAGUAACGGUAGUCUAGGGACUCACACACACACACACACACACACACACACACACACUCUCCUUCACUCACACAAUGAAAGUUGCAAACAAUAAGCCGCAGCGACAAGUUCCACUCCAAUCCGUCGUCUCGCGGGGGAAAAAGGGGGAAAAUUACUCUAAAGGAAAAACUGCAGCAACUUUUAACGCAAAAGCAAAAGAAGCGCCCAAUGAAGCCGCAUUAAAUUUUCAUCAUUUUCCGCAUUUUCCACAACGCCGCCUUUGUUUGUGUUUCAUUAACAUUUCUUUUUGUGCAUUUUUCCAGAGUUUUUAAUUUUAAUUCGCAUUCUGCUGCCCGAAAUUAUGAUGUAUGGCGGAUGGCUGAUGGCGUCAAUAAAUUCGAGGCGACACCAGCCAACAGCCACCAGCCACGCCUCCAGUGCGUCCUCCCCCACAUCCGAUUCGGUGGGCGGCAGGCUUUAACUUUUCAUUGCCCACUUUUAAGGACCACUCCUUGGAGGACGGUGAGUCCUGGUGCUUGGCUUUGGGCCUGCUCCUGCGGCAAUGAGCCCGAACAAUUGCCAAGUGCCAAGUAGGGGGGAGGCACUGGGGCGUGGCAGAUGGCUUUUUAUUGAUUUCCAGCCCGCACUUGCAGCCUUUUCUUAGCUUUUCUUUGCCUCGUGUUUCCUAUUUUUUCUAUUUUUUCUAUUUUUCUUUUCAUAUUUUUUUGUUAUAUAUUUUGUGCCACUUUUUUGGUUGUGUUUUCUUUUUGGCACGCCGCAGCGUUUUAUUGUUGUCCUUUGAGGCAGAGCCAGAGCCAGAGCCAGAAUCUGCUUUUGCCGCCUCUUGUUGCACAGCACUUGAGCCUAUGGCUCUCUCGCUCCCACUCUCUCUCGAGGGGCAUGCACACACUUGACCCCCUUCCAGGAGAGGGAGCGCUUAAAUCGAGCUCUGAGAGGGGGGAGGGGCAGGCUUCAAGGGGUGUUGCAACUUCCACUGAUUGCUGUCAGUGUGUCCAAAUGGAAAUUAAAGUUUCAUCAAAUGUUUCUCAAGCACCAAGCGGCGGCAAGUUUGUGUCUAGAGUUUCAGUUUAAAGAGAGACAUUUUCCACACACAUAAAACGACAAACGAAGAAGACAGAAGAAGGAGACUCCCCGCAUCAUAUCGAAGAGGAAAUCAAAAAACGUAUUUAAUCGAAAGUUAAAAAAGGUUUUACACAAAAACACAAAACCCAUCACAUAAAGGAACACAUUAAGGUCUAUAUAUGCCUAUACGCAUAGAUAUAUACAUAGAUACAUAUACAUAUAUAUGAUAUAAACAUUCGAACAAUAAUAGAGUUAGUUAUCGAUUGAGUAUUUAAUCGAUCGGUCUAAUCGAUAGGCUAAGUGCUAAGCAACUCUCCCCACUAAACCGAACCCCCACCCCCAACCGACAUGAGACCCAAAAAUGUAUCGAACUUUGUAGCUAGAUCUUGAAACAAUGAAAUGGAAAACGAAUAUCGAAAUGGCAAAUCGCAAAUGGCAAAUGGAAAUCGAACAACAAAACGAAGCGGAUAUCGAAUUAACUUAAACGAAUAAAUGUUCUUUGAAUGA